AUGGAUUUUGGAGUAGUAACUACUAAGGAAGGAAACAAAACAUCUGUUUGGCACUAUUUUCUCAUAAACAAAAACAAAAAUGAAGCUAAAUGUAAAACAUGCCAAAAAGUAUUGAAAUCACCCGGUGGUAGUACUAGCAGUCUACGAAGGCAUUUAAAGAAUAUUCACGCGGUUGAUAUAGAGGCUGCAAGGCAUUCAACAAUCGCAACAACAGCUCAAGGUAGUGCAUCUUCUUCAAAAGAAAUUCCCGAAGCGCCUAAAAAGAAAACUAAGUUGACACACUAUUAUGAGACUGAUGCAAACCCAAGUAUGCAGGUUAUGGUGUCCCGUAUGGCUGCAGUUGAUGGAAUUCCUCUUAGAACGUUCUCAAAAUCUCAAGAUUUAAAGUACCUUUUUGAAAAGACCGGCAACAAAUUACCCACUACUGCUGAUACCGUUCGCAACAUAAUUCUCAAAGACUUCGAUAAAAGGAAGCUACAAAUAAUCAACGAGAUAAAAAUUAUACUGUCAGAUGAAAAGAAGUUUUCGAUAUCAUUCGAUGAAUGGACAUCCAUUAAAAAUAGAAGAUAUAUAGGGCUCACUUUACAUUCACCAAAUUUUGCAAGGGAUAGCAGUUUUCGAAAUCUAGGUCUCAUACGCAUUCACGGGUCCAUGAAUGCAGCCUCAUGCGUAAAAUUGAUUGAGGUCAAGUUGGACGAAUAUGGGGUAUCUCUAACAAAUGACAUCGUCGCUCAAACCACAGACGGUUGCAGCCCAAUGGUUGCAUUAGGGAAGUCCCUUAAGUCAUGCCAUCAGCUAUGCAUCGCUCAUGCCGUUCAGCUGGCAAUUGUGGACGUAAUGUACAAACGAAAUGCCGGCUUCGAGGAAAACGUCGCUCAGCUUGCCGAACUUGACGAUGAUGAAGAUUUGCCUUUAUCGGUAUUGGCUCAAAGACUACGAACUGUAGAAUUUAACGACGACACGAAUUCUACAGACAAUGACGAGGAUGGUGUUGAAUUUAAUAAUUCACAGUCUUUUAAAUACAAUGAUCUGCUAUCAAAAGUACGAAAAGUGGUAAAAAUCUUCAAGAACUCUCCGACAAAAAAUGAUGACAUCCUUCAAAAACAUGUCAGAGCUGAUUUUGGACAGGAGUACUCCCUGCUGUUAGAUGAAUAA